CGAACACAGUUGUGUCGCUAGAUAAGAAUGCACUGGACGUCUUAUCCUUUAGGCCACAGCAACUAAGGCCUCUUUUGUUGUAAAACAACUUUUUUUGGUUUAGUUCAGUAUCAUAUACCUGAUUGAUACCAAAAAAAUUUGUGUGAAAUAAAAAAAAUGUAUUUGUUAAUAAUCAUGAUAAUUUUUGGCAGAUUGCCUGUCUAUCUACAGGGUGGGCCAGAAAGGCGUGCGAAUUUCAAAAUCACAUCACUCGCGACAGGAAAGCGGGAGCGGGGUGCGGGUAGUGGGGAUAGGUUCCUUGGUUCUCGGAAAUUCAGUUGCCAUGGAGCGUUUUACCGGUGAGCAGCGUGCUUUUUGUGUGAAACCGUAUUACAAAAAUGGCGAUUCGGGCACUAUUGCGCGGCGUUUAUUUCGUUAAGUUUAAUUUACAUGAUUUAAACCAAUGUCCGAGUGAAAGUGUGAUCAGAUCGUGGGUCAGAAAGUUUGAGUUUUCGGGUUCGACAUUAAAUGAAAAAUCUGCGGGGCGUCCAAGGUCUAUAAGAACGGAGGAGAAUGUAAGCGAAGUCGCGGUGUCUGUACGGCGCGAUCCCCAGCAGUCGUCCCGAAAGAGAUCAGCUGAGCUCGCCAUAUCAAGAUCAUCAUUAAGGCGUAUUUUGACCAAAGAUCUUAAAUUACACCCAUAUAAACUCCAAUUAGUACAGGAAUUGAAACCAAAUGACCACCAUUUACGUCGUGCAUUUGCCGAAACAAUGUUAGAGCGUUUUCAAAGUUUGAACAAUAUCCUCUUCUCGGAUGAAGCUCAUUUUCAUUUAAGUGGAUUUGUCAAUAAGCAAAAUUGUCUGUAUUGGGCCGAAGAAAAUCCCCAAUUGAAACAUCAAAGACCUAUGCAUUCGCUUAAAGUUACGGGCGGCCAUGUCGGCUCAUGGAAUCAUCGGACCCCAUUUCUUCGAAAAUGAGCGGGGCCAGGCAAUAACAGUAAAUUCUGACCGCUACACAGCAAUGUUACGUGACUUUUUUUUUCCACAACUGCAUAAUUCUGGAGCCUAUAACAGCAGGACCUGGUUUCAACAAGAUGGCGCGACAUCCCAUACAUCCAAUGAGUCUUUGGCAGUUGUUAACGAAAUGUUUAAUGGAAAACUGAUAUCGCGUCGAGGGGACAUUCCAUGGCCUUCCCGGAGCCCAGAUCUCACGCCACUGGAUUUUUUUCUGUGGGGGUACCUCAAGAGUCGUGUUUACGCCAAUAAACCGACGACAAUUGCCCAGCUCAAAGACAAUAUUCGCAAGGAAAUGUCAGAUAUCCCACGAACGAUGUGCCAGCGAGUUUUCACGAAUUUGAGGGCUAGAUUGGAAGAGUGUGUACGUGUAGAUGGCACACAUCUCAGCGAUGUUAUUUUUAAAAAAUUAAAUUCCCAUUUGUAAUCUUUAUUAUAAUUAUAUUUUUUCUUUCCUGAGCUUUGUAGUGUUUUUUAUAUGAUUUUUUAUGAUCCGCUCAACUUUAUGGCCCACCCUAUAUGUAAA